CGUAAAUAGAGUGCAAAUCUGAAGAGGCGACGAUGUGCUCGGAUGGAAGAGAAAGGAGAGGCGCAGAGCACGACGAACGGUCUGCUUGCUCCUUGACGCAGCGUUGCACUGUGCUCGUGAGGCCGCGCUGAAGUUCUUGAGCGAGGUCCCCAGCAGUUUAUGCGACCUCCAAGCUGUCUGGCGAUGGCGAACAAGCGUGCCGGCAGGGUAUGUGGCCUCCACACAAUCCCGGCAGCGACGAGCGAGUGACUCAGGCAGUGGGUAUGGCCUCACUGCAUGCAACACUGGCGACAGCGAGCGAGCAUGGCAGGGGAAACUGAACGUGCGGAGAGCGGAGGAGAAAUAGAGGAAAAUGGAUGACGAAGCCGGGGAGAAAUCGGGCGGGCGCAGCAAGGGGUUGCAGUUUCUCUAAUUUGAAUUUUGAAGUGGGAUUGGAGCUGGCCGGGGAUUGGGAUUGAAGGAGAGAGGCGGCAGGAUAGAGGGAUUGGGGGAGGCCAUGAGGAGGCAAUGGGAUGGACGACGCGAGAUGAUUGUGGAAGAAUGGCCGGUGCUAGCAGGCGCUUGGCAGCAAAAUAUGUUAGAUGUGCCAAACACCACUUCAUGUCGCAGCUGGAUACAAUAAUACUGAGAUAGUGAAAUUCCUUCUUGAUUGGCAAGGGCAAGGUUCAGAUAGGGUUGAGGUGGAGGCAAAGAACAUGUACGGAGAGACACCCCUGCAUAUGGCAGUAAAAAAUAGUUCUUAUGAAUCAGCAAAAUUGCUCCUUGAACGUGGUGUACAUACAGGAGCCAAAGCAAAUAAUGGCAUGUCACCAUUGCAUUUAGCUGUCUGGCAUGCACUUCAAACUGGAGAUUGCAGCACCGUCAAUUUGUUGCUAAGCUAUAAUGCAGAUUGCAAUGCUAAAGAUGAUGAAGGCAAAAUCCCCUUAAAUCAUAUCCCAGGAGGAGCUGGCAAUGAGAUGCUGCUCCAGCUCCUCACUCGCCAUAUGGAGGAACAAAGAAAACAAAAAGCCCUCAUGACAUGUCAUGAACAACGGUCAAUGGCGGAGUUUGAAGAAGCAAUAUCACAAAUCGUGGGGUUGCAAGAGCUGAAAAUGCAAUUACGUCGAUGGGCCAGGGGAAUGCUUUUUGAUGAAAAGCGCCGGGCUAUGGGCUUAGGGAUUGCUACCAGAAGAGCUCCCCACAUGGCAUUUCUGGGCAAUCCAGGAACAGGUAAAACAAUGGUAGCUCGGAUUCUUGGAAAGCUCCUACAUAUGAUUGGGAUUCUCCCUACUGACAAAGUUACUGAAGUUCAGCGAACUGAUCUUGUUGGAGAAUUUGUGGGGCAUACUGGACCAAAGACGAGGCGGAAGAUAAAAGACGCCGAGGGAGGGAUUCUGUUUGUGGAUGAAGCUUACAGGUUGAUACCAACGCAAAAAUCGGAUGAUAAGGAUUAUGGUUUGGAGGCACUGGAGGAGAUAAUGUCUGUAAUGGACAGUGGCAAAGUAGUUGUCAUAUUUGCUGGGUACUGCAAGCAAAUGAAGCGUGUCAUUGCCUCGAACGAUGGUUUCUGUAGGAGGGUCACGAUGUUCUUUGAUUUUGAUGAUUUCACCACGACAGAAUUAGCGGAGAUAUUGCUUCUGAAGAUGAAUAGCCUGACUGACACAAGUUUGCUUUACGGGUUCAGGCUGCAUCGGAGCUGCACCAGAGGUGCCGUUGGAGAGCUGAUUGCCAGGGAGACCACUGAGGAGUGGCUUAAACAGAUGAACGGAGGUCUGGUAGACACACUGCUUGUCAAUGCACGUGAAAACUUGGAUCUUCGUCUUGAUUUCAGUUGCAAUGACGCUGAGACCAUGAUCACAAUCACAUUGGAAGACUUGGAAGCAGGCCUAAGGCAGAUCUCGAGACAGAGACAUUUGCGGUGACCUACAACUACAAUCAGGAACAUUCUUUUCUUGACAAACCAAGUUACAGGUUCAGGAGUUUUGAUAGAAGUCACUGAUUCCGCUUCGGGUACUAUGUCUGGUGUAUCUGUUCCAAUUGGUAGGUUGCUGCCCUUCUGCAAUAGUAGCACUGGUACGCAUGUAUUUUCUUUUUGAAAAACACAUAUCUUUAUUCAUUUGCAAUAACAAGUACAUCGUUUAUGAGGAGAGGUACAAUUUUGCUCAAA